AUGCUGCUGCAGGAGACGCAGCGAGCGUUUGGUGAGGGGCACGAGCUGGUGGCGGGGCUCCGGGUGCAACUGUCACAGGCGUAUCUGGAGCAGGGGUGGCAUCCGGGGAGGGUGCUACCUGUGUUGGAGAAGGCGUUGGAGGUGAGACGUGGGGAAGAUGGGAGGUGGAGGAGGCUCGGCGACCCCGAGGGGUGUCUCUCACUCCUCGCGCAGUGUGAGGCGGCGCUGGAAGCUGCCAAGAAGCUUCAGAGCCUCAUGCAGGAGAAAGAUAAAGCCGGAAGUGCAGAGGAAUUGUCAUUGUCGGGUUGGUGGCGAGUGUGGCAGGCAGAGGAGUUGAGGAAGAAAGAAUUGGAGGGCAGAAGGGCAGCAAAGUGUGUUGAUGGGGAGAAGGGAGGGGACGCAGCAGCAGCAGCAGGGAUGGUGGCGCAAGAGAUGGGAGAAACGAUUUCCGUGGCGCAAGGAAUGGCAGAAACGAUUUCUGUGGUGGGGUUUGACAUGCACAUGCUGAGGGCUAAGGUCAGCAGUGACAUGGGCGACGUGGAUACUGCAAUGCAGGCCUACAGGACUGCUUUAGCACUGAAGGAGGAGGCACUGAGUGACAAGGACUACCGCCGGGUAGCCGACUCAUUUCAUAGUGCGGCAAAGGCGUGUCUGCAUCACGGGUGGCUAGACGAAGCCCACAGCAUGGCGACGAGAGCGUUGCAGCUGCGUGAGACCCUUCUAGCAACAGUGCUCUCUUCCCUGCUUUCCUCGCCUUUUCCCCCGCACUACUUCACCCCCCUUUACCUCGCCAAUGCACAUCUCACUACUAUAGGGCAGCCGGAGGAGGCAGAGAAGAUGAGCAACAGGGCAAUGAGAGUGCUUGAAUCCCUACCAGAGGCCUACAAGCGCAGCGAUGAGGAAGCAACAGCGCUCUCCCUCCUGGCCGACCACUUGCAGCACACCGGCCGCUCAGCCAUGGCGCUGCCUCUGCUGGAGAGAGCGCUGAGCAUCCAGAAGGAGGACCCCUUCAACUCUUUCAAGUCCGUUGGCACAGCGGCAGAUCUCGCCUCGCUCCUUCUCACCCACCGCGGUCCCCGCGAGGCCCUCCCCAUCCUUCUCUAUGCGUACUUCUCCCUGAUAUCCUUCCCCGGUUCCUCCCCCACCGACUUGCUCCGCGUCCUCUCCCUCCUCUCUGCUACUCUUGCAUCUCUCGACCAAUGGGAUGAUGCUGCGAGAGUGGUGGGGGAGAUGUGGGAGUUGGUGACAAGGGAGGGGAUGGAAGAGGCUUUGUCGACGCCUGAGAGGACUGAUAUGAAGACAAUGCAAAUGUGGUUACCGCUGACAGAGGCUUUGGGGAGUGAGAAGAGGCGCACCAUUCAGAUGAGCCGCCCUCCUCUCCUCCCUGCCCAUGCCCUCCUCGUCACUCUCCUUGUCAGAGCCACCACCACUGUCACCAUCGCUACUCCCCCACUCAAUUUUCCGUUGCCACCUGCAGCGCAAGGAGUCUUUCCCGUCAGUCCCUUCUGUGCAUUCUCAGUCCGCGCAAUUGUCCGCCUCGUCCGCGCUGUCGGCCCCAUCCGCGCAGCCAUCCUCCCCCAGUCCGCGGGCAUGCAUCGCGUGCGCAACGCCCGCGCGUCUCGGCUUCUCCAUCUCUUCGCGCAGCGCCAUGCCGCUCCCCGGCUCGGCGCGCUACAGUCCCGCGCGGGGGCCGUCACGGCGGCUGGCGGAGAUCGGCCGGCAGCGUUACUCGUUCCGUCUGCUAGCCAGCAGGUAGACUCGGCACGUCCAGCUAGCCGCUGCGGCGACAUCCACGUAGGACGAUUCGCUGACGCGCUGCCGCAGAUCUGCUGCCAGGCUGUCAGCCAGCCAUUCGUUGCCACGCCUUCCGCCGAGCCAUCACCUUCCGAAGCCACAUCAUCACUCACCCAGCGGUACCGCUCUGCGCCGCGCCUUACACCUCUUUCUCGACUUUCCGCCCCUCAUCACCACCCCACACCGCUCACGGCCAGCUCGCCGUAUUCUCGUGCUUUUAGCGCCGUUUCCGCCGGCGGGAGCAGCAGCGACAGCGGCGGCAGCGGCAGUGAUGGCGGCAGUGGUGGCAGCAGCAGUGGGAGUGGUGGUGGCAAGGGUGAAGCCGCGGGCGGUGCAAUUUCGGAUCAACUUUCAGACUUUAUUUCGGAUCUAAAUUUGGAUCUAGGUUCGGAAUUUGGUGCGGAAUUAGGCUCGGAUUCAGCCUCGGAUUCAGGUUCGGAGGACGUGUCGGUGGGGGUGCUGGAGGGGGUGGUGGAGGAGGCGCGGCAGGCGUACGGCGAGAGGCACGAGCUGGUGGCGGGGCUCAGGUUGCGACUGGCGCAGGCGUAUAUGGAUCAAGGGCGGGAUGCGGGGGAGGUGCUACCUGUGGUGGAGAAGGCAUGGGAGGUGAGUGGGGGAGGUGCUAUCUGGUGGGGGGGGCUCAGGCUGCGACUGGCGCAGGCGUAUAUGGAUCAAGGGCGGGAUGCGGGGGAGGUGCUAUCUGUGGUGAAGAAGGCAUGGGAGGUGUUUGACGCCGUGGCCAUGGAUGGGGAUCCCGUGUUUGACGCCGUGGCCAUGGAUGGGGAUCCCGUGCGAGCCAUGUGCCUUCACCUCACGGCCGCGUGCCAUGCCAGGCUCGGUAACCCAGACGAGUGUCUCUCACUCCUAGUGCAGUGCGAAGCAGCGCUGGAAGCUGCCAAGAAGCUUCAGAGCCUCAUGCAAGAUCAAGACGUAGCUGGGACUGAGCAGGAAAUAGGAUCAGAUGGGGGGGAGAGCUGCGGGUCAAGGAAUGGAGUUGCAGGGGUAGAGAGUGGGGGAGGUGUGGGUAGCAGAGGAGGAGAGGAUGGAAGAUUAGAGGGUGGUGAUGGGGAGGGGGAGGGAGAAGAAGCAGCAGCAGCAGCAGCAGCGAUGGCACAAGGGACAGCCGAUGCCAUCCACAUGGUGGGGUUUGCCAUGCACAUGCUGCGAGCUGACGUCAGCAGUGCGAGGGGGGACAUGGACACUGCACUGAAGGCGUACAGGACUGCUCUCGAGCUACAAGAGGAAGCACUGGGCUCGGAGGACCCACGAGUAGCAGACGCAUUGCAGCACGUGGGGGAGGAGUGUGCGCGGCACAUGCGGCUAGGCGAUGCCCAUGCCAUGGGGAUGCGCGCGCUACAGCUGCAUGAGGCGCACAGGAGGGGGUUGGAAGAGAGGCUGGGAGGGGAGGAGGGGAGUGGGGAGGGGAGGGGUGAGGAGGGAGGAGGGGUGAAGGGGGAGGAGCUGAGGGAGAGAGUGAGGGAGGAGUUGGAGGGGAGGGGGAGGGAGGAGGUGAGGAGGGAGUAUGAGGAGGCUGUGAUGAAGGAAGUGGCAGAUCACCGCCUGUUAGCAGCAGUGCACGCAGGUCAAGGCGACCCCUCCCCAGCCGUGCACCACCUAUCCGCAGCAGCAGCCCUGCUCUCCUCCCUCCUCUCCUCGCCCUCCCCGCCCUCCGCCCUCUCCCCUCUCGACCUCGCAUCUGUGCACCUCGCCACUGUUGACAUCAUCCUGCACUCCGGGCUGCUGCAGGGAGAAGAGGGGGGAGAGAUGGGGGAGGGGGGGGAGGAGGGGGGGCGCGUGAAUAGGGAAGAGAUGGGGGGUGAGGAGGCAGAGAUUGCGGAGGAGAGUGACAGCAGAGAGCAGCAAGGGGAAGGACUGGGUGUAGGAUUUGGAGGAGGAGGAGUAAAGGGAAGAUAUGAGGGAGGAGCAGAGGGAGGGGAGGUGAGAGAGGAGGCGAUGGAUAUGGCAGUGUUGGCGCUGGAAGCGCUGAAGCAGUGUGUGGCAGUGCAGGGGGAGGAGCUGGGGAAGGACCACCCGGCUGUGGCGAGGACGUAUGCUCUCGCUGCUGAUGUGUACUGGCAGAUAGGGCAGGCGGAGGAGGCAGAGAAAGUGAGCAAGAGAGCAAUAAAAGUACUAGCAGCCAUGCCAGCAGCGCACCAGCGAAGCGAGGAGGCAGCAGCAGCGCUCUCCCACGUGGCUCUCCAUCUCAAACGCACCGACCGCUGCGGCAUGGCAGUGCCUUUGUUGCAACGAGCGCUCAGCAUCAGAAACGAACACCCCGACCACUUGCUGCAAGCUGUGGGCUCAGCGACAGACCUCGCCUCUCUCCUCCUCUCCCUGCGCCGCCCCAACGAAGCCCUCCCAAUCCUCCUCUCCGCCCUCCCCUCCCUCCGCUCCUUCCUCGGCCCCUCCCACACCGCCUCCCUCCCCCUCCUCUCCCUCCUCUCCGCGGCCCACUCUUCUCUCGACCAAUGGAGCGAGGCUGCGGGAGUGGUGGGGGAGAUGUGGGAGGUGGUGAGAGGGGAGGGGAUGGAGGAGGCUAUGGGGGAGGCUAUGAGGGGAGAUGAGGCGGCGAUUGGCAUGUGGAUACCCCUGGCAGAUGCCCUUGGGAGUGAAGAGAGGUUCCUUCUGCUGCAACAAGCAGUGGAGCAAGCAGCAAGAGGAGCAGAGGCAGGGGGGGGCAGCAAGCAGAGGGGGGAGGCAGGGGAAGACGCAGCAGCAGCUAGGGCUCGCUGGCUGGAGGUUCUGAGGGAGGUGACAAUGAUCGGUAGCGGUUAA